GGCCCAAAGUGAAAAGAAUGUGUGAAAUUUAAUGGCUGAGGCUCAGCCCAUCGUUAGGGUUUAAGAGAAUUGCGCGCUCCGACAAAGUUGAACCCGUUUCCGGCUCGAAUUCAAAUCUUCUUUACCUCUCUCCGGUAUUCUUUUCAUUGAAUUUCUUGAUUCUAAUAUCUGGAGUUCCAUUACAUCCUUUCACUUGUUGUGCAAUCGACAACAAAAACAAAAAAAGAAUCAUUCGAUGAUUGAUGGAGAAUGGAAAUCCCUUUGGCCCAUAGGCUCCACCUUCGCUGCUCCAUUGCUCAUCCCAAACAAAGGAGCGUUUGGCCCGCUGACGUUCAACCCGAGCCCCAGCUUCUCCACCACUAUCCAUCAAUCUCCCUCCCUCGCACCAUGCCUCCCCCCGCCAUAUCCCCAGCUCACACUUUCCCGCUUCCUCCAAGAACACACUGUUCAUCCUUCUAUUUCCUCUUUUCUCGCUCCCAAUUUCUCUUCUGACUAUCACGCCUUCAACUCUCUUCAAUUGCUUCAGAUUCCUCACAAAAACCUAGUCAUUGCGUUUUUCCCAGCGGGAGACAAUUCUGAUCGUGUUGGAUUUUCUUUGCUUUCCAUUAAAAAUGGGAUUUUGGAGGUUCAAUCGCUAGGGGAACAUUUCUUCCGUGUGGUGGAACAAGGUAAUGUGAAUUGUCAGCGAAUCACAUGCUUGUUGGUGAACCCAUUUGAUGAUUUUUUAAUGGUUUGUACCAAGUAUUCUGUUUAUUGGUAUAGGGUCAGAUAUGAGAAUUCUGUUUCUGUAGAUUAUUUGGGUUCUGCCAAUGCCAAGAUGUUAAUGGGAAAGUCGGUGGAAAGUGGUUGUUGGAGUCCACAUAUUAGCGAAGAGUGUUUAGUUUUGUUGGAGGGUGGCGAUUUAGUAUUAUUUGAUGUUAAUCAAUCUUCUGGGAGAAAGGCUAAUGCAAUGUUAUCUGUUAGUAGACACAACAGCUUCAUUAGUAGAAAGCUACAAGUUCCAUUGAGCAAUAAGUUGGGAUUGGAGGAGGAAAGCUGCUCUAAAGGUCAGCAGUGGGUUGGAUGUGAUUUUAGUUGGCAUCCAAGAAUAAUCAUUGUUUGUCAUUGCAAUAGGAUACUCUUGGUUGAUUUAAGGUCUGCUGGCGAAUGCCAUGUCGUUUGUUUGCUGAAGCUUGAAAUGUUGUCGACAAGGAAAGAUGAUGGAUUUUUCUCACUCUCGAGAGCAGGGUCUGAUGGUUUCUACUUUAGUGUGGCAACAAGAUCCUUGCUUCUUCUUUGUGAUGUGCGGAAGCCAUUGACACCGGUCUUGAGGUGGGCGCAUACUGUAAAAAAUCCACAAUAUAUGACUGUCUUUAGAUUGUCAGAGUUGAGAACAAAUGCAGAAGAUGCAAAGUACAAGAUGGCUUCAGAAUCAGGCCUUUGUGUUAUUUUGGGAUCGUUUUGGGACAACAAUUUCAGUCUUUUUUGUUAUGGUCCUGAUGAUAAAGGAAAUGGAUCAGGAAUCUCUAAAUUCUGCAACUCCUAUUAUUCAUGGGGAUUCCCCUCGGAGCUAUCAUUGUCGGGGUCUGAUUGUACGUGUGGUAGCUGCCUUGUAAGAGAGGAGUUCUGGAAGUCCUCUCUCCCAGUUUGGACUGACUGGAGGCAUAAAAAAGAGCUUAUUUUGGGAUUUGGCAUUCUCAAACCAGACCUUUCUGCAAAGUUGUCCUCGUUUGGCAGUUUUGGUGGCUUUACACUGAUCAGGCUAACCUCAUCGGGGAAGCUAGAAGCACAAAACUACCUCGCAGAAGAUAAGGUUUUGGUAGCAGGUCACAAGAGGAAGAGGAAGAGCAUUCAGUUGGAGGAUACUCAUUUAUAUGAUCAGAGCAUUUCAGAAUACAAUGGAGAAAAGAGAUUUGAGCACCUGAAAUUGGAGUUUCUUGAUGCAUACUUGAAGGAUAAGCUAGCAAAAUUGAUUUUCAAAAGAAGAGAGAAGAUAAAAGAGAGUGCUUCCAAGUUUAAUUUCCAUCAAGAAAAAUGUCAAAGGCUGAAUGAGUUUGGGCUUACAACAAUGGGGUCCUCUUUUACGUCGUCUGCUGUAUUGAACGACAUCACAUGGCCGAGUAGCAUACAUGAGAUUGCUUUAAAGAGUGCAUAUGCUACUUUACCCUCAACCCUGUUGCAAUUUGCUUUCUCCACCUACUCGGAGUUUGAUAAGAAGCACAACGAGCCUCUAGAGUUCCUGGACAUUCCCGACCAGCUCCACGCCCCGCCUUUUCCUUUUAGGAAGCCAUCAUAUCGCAGCAAUAAAUGGUCUACCAAAGUCCAGCCAUCUGAUGCCAUUGUAGGCCCACUUCUUCCUACUCAUUUUUUGAAAACUCUGAACGAGGUUUGCGUGGAUGAACUUAAAGAAUCAGAAGCUUUUUCAGCUCAUUCUCAAUUCAAAUUUUUAUGUGAUAAGGUUGUGGAGGUCGUUCGGGAACACAUUGCAGGUUCUGAUGUCAGACCUCAGGAUGAUUUUGUUUCUCUUGCAGAUGAUACAGAAGAUAUGAGUUAUCGGAUCCAGAAAUUGAAUCUCUCAUGUCAUUAUCCAUCGGCGUUCCUGCAAAGUUCAUUAGGAAUGGGCAUUCGGAAACCUGACACAUUUUCAACCCAUGUGUUUAGGAGAAGGCAAGAACUUGCAUGUGAUCUUACUGAGGAGAUGGUAGGGGAAGACCUAUUUGAUGUGGGUUGCCCAAUAGAAUCCAUUUUUGAUGAUCGCGCCAUUGAUUUUGGGGCAAUGGAAUUGGAAAUGUUUACAACUUUGAAGAAACAAGACUUAGAAUUUCAGAGAUGUUUUAAGCCCUAUCAAGAUUAUAUUGUUGCAGGGGCUGAGAUGAAAUCAGAAUGAUACUAGAUGUCAAUACAUGUAAAGUAUUUUGACUCUUUAUUGAUCAAAUAGGCGAAUAUAUCAAUUUGUUUAAUAAUAUUAUUACCAUAUUUCAAAAA